AUGGGCGCCACACGCGGCUCCGAGCGCAACGGCAACAAGCCCAAGAAGCACAAAGACCGCGGCGUCAAGUUUAAUGAGAGGCACACACUGAAGUACGGCCUUUCUGUGUGCAAUCGCAAUGCCAACACGUUCGUCGUCGAGUCUGUGAUGUGCAAGUUCUGCGUCGCAUUCGGCAAAGAGUCGGCGGCCGACACGACUCGAAAACGUCGCGCAACGGCCAACGUCAAGUACUUUCGCCAGCCCUUUCGUGCUGACCAUUAUCUGUCCCAUCUGGAGAUUAACCACAAGACGAAAUGGGGCGAUUACGAGCAGCUGUCGAGUCUCGAGAAGGAAAAGUUUUUUGCUUUGCACAUCGAGGAGGCAUCAAUCAAUUCGCUGGCGCUGGCCCAGCAGCAACUAUGUACUGCUCAAAUUGGUAGCAGUGCUCGUAACGUGGAGAUCGCGAAAAUGACAGUCGAGACAAUGUCAGUCGCGCAGCGUGUGGGACCCGUGUGUCUGUCGGCCUCGAAGAUCGAACAGCGAAUAGUGGAGGAGCUCGUUGGCGACAUGUUCUUCAAUGCCAGUGACGAGAAAGAGCUUUCCAAGACGCAGGCUCUGGACGUUUUUUGUCAUAAAGACGAUACCGGCACUUACGAAAUUUUCAUUAAGAACCAACGUCUGUACGAUCUCGCCGUGAAGUUUGUGGCCUGUGGCGCGUCUUUCCGUCUAGCUUCUCGCUUGGUGCAGUGUACAAAAGAAGAAACAAAGUUGGCUUGUUAUGAUGGGUGUUCAGAGCACAGAGUAGCAGGUUACGUCCGGGCAGUUGUCGCAAGCAACCUGCAAAAGAUUGCACUGAUGAUGCGCUCCUCGUGGACCUACACGAUAGCAACAGACGCAGCUGUUCAGCAAAGCACAUCGUACCUUGGUAUUCGUGUGCGGUUGUGGCAGAAUAGUGCGCUACACGACUUUCACCUCGUGACUUUUCCUGCGUUUGAUCAGCAUCCUACGUCAUUAAUUGUCGAGCAAAUUGCAAAAUUACUGGAUGUCAUGGACUCACGUUGGCAAAGCAAAUUGCUGGGUACGACUAAUUACAGCGGUGUGAAUACAGAACGCGGUACUGGUGUGAUAGGACCCCAACAUGGAAUUUCUUCACGACUCACGACACUCGUGAAGAAGCCCGCUUUCUACCGUAUCUGGUGUGGUGUGCACCAGCUGGAGGUAGUUGUCAAGCAUUGCGUUCUCGCUAUCAGCCAAAACGCGUUUUAUGACGAACUCGUGUCUAUCCUUGCUACGUUGCGCCAGGACCAACCGGCAUUGAACCAGGACUAUUCGGGGUGUCCUUUAUUCGGUAACAGUAUUCCUGAUGUCACUACUACGCUCUCCAUUGCACGAGGGUUUACUGAAAAUUUGAUGACAGCACUGAAGUGGCUGACGGAGCACCGCAUAGCCAUUCUUCAGCGGCUACGGAAUAGAUCGCCAGCAUCUGUGCCUUCUGCUUCUUGGUGGGUGUGCGUAGCUGCCUUGCACCGCGUGAUAGCUGAAAUUGCGCAUGUCAUGAAAACACUGCUGAGCAUGGAGAGUGGCACAAACCUGUUGAGUGAGCAGGUGCAAGAGCUACGUAAGCUGGCACUGAUUCUAGCUGAUGUCGUCGGUGCUCAGCGAGACUUGUGGGAGCCACAAGACCCCAGCGUAUGUUGUGCCUCAGGGUCGUAUCAAUUGACCUUCCAGAAUGCGCAGCAAUUUAUCCAGAGUGAAGGCGGUGCGUUAGCAAUUGAGAUGUUUGACAUGCUCCGAGGAGUUGAAAGGCGACACAUCACGGAGUCUGUGGCACACUUUGUAGCAGACCUGACUUCCAGAAUUGCCGUAAUCGCCCAGGAGGGACAGCAUUAUUGUGCUGGAGAUGCCGGAGUGCGUGUGAACGUGCCGAUUGUGACGCCUUUAGGAGUGUGUGAAAUGGGAGAAGAAGCUUUUUUUAAAACAAUCUGUGAGCAGCAGCCGCGAUUGCGCGAAACCUUUUCCGAUGAUGAGAUAAAGGCUAUUCGAAUCGAUUAUAAAGAGUUUAUACUGGCGGUGGUGCGUGAGCCUAUCCUUGGCGGCGUGCUAAGAAAGCAUGACCGUGACACAGACGUGUCAUUUGCCUGGUCGUGUUUUGACGGUAGGUUCCGCAUGUUGCAGACUUUUUUCGGUGGACUGGCGUCCGUGAUUCCCGACACGUCGGCGGGUAACCUGUCGGCGGACCUUACCUGCUUAAGCUGGGACAAGCCUGAUUACCGUCAGACAAUGGUUGACUUUGCACUGGAGGGCAUCUUGCACGUCAAACAGAAGAUGAAGGUGGAGCUGGUGGAUAUCUACAGGUACCAAUCGGCGACUUCAACUUCUACUCCAAGCGAGAGCGUAUCAUAUGGUAGUAGGCCAGUCACCCCAGAAGCUAACCUUGUGCUCUGUAUUCCGACAAGAAUGGCAGCCGCAACAUCCCCCUUAACCAGUGUAGCGGACACGUCAAUGGCUACAGCAACCGUGGCGAUGCCUGUGCAUUUGCAAAGUACCACGGUAGCGCAGGACAUUGCGAAACUAACUGGUAUGCCUGUGGUUAUGUCGAAGAAGGAAGGGGUAGCCUCUGCAAGCAGCAUUGGUGGCGCUAGCAACCUCAUUCUCUCGGAUCAUGGAUAUACGCUCGUGUAG